AUUAAUAUUAUAUGCCUAAGACUUAUAUAUUUUAAUAAAACAAAUUUAAAAUUAUGUUUGAGUUCAGUAAUCGUGAAAGUUCGUGAAAUUUGUACGUGUAUUACGUGUGUCAUAUUCAGACAUUUUUAUUGGUUUUCAUGUUUAUAUCGAACAAAAUUUAAUAAAAACAGCAAUAAAUCAACCCCUACAAUAAUAUACACCCAUCAUUUAAGGUUAUGCUGGUGAGAAAUUUAAUCAAACUUGGAAAAUAGCUGUGAAAAUUAAAAAUGAAUAAGAGGAAUUCCUUGCCAAUGCCGGCAAACCACCCUAAAGAUUGCAUGUCCGCAGCAACGAAAUGUUACAAGUAUAUGAGAAGGAUGUUUAAGUUUGAUCAAAUGGACUUUGAGUUUGCAUUUUGGCAAAUGUUAUAUCUACUUAUUUCACCACAAAAAGUUUACAGAAAUUUUCAGUACAGAAAAACUUCAAAAUCACAGUUUGCAAGAGAUGAUCCAGCAUUUUUAGUAUUAUUUGCUGCAUGGCUGUGUGUGACAUCAAUUGGUUUUGCAUUAGUUUUAAGAUUAGGAUUUAUACAAUUUAUUGUUUUUCUGCUGUAUGUUAUCUUUGUGGACUGUAUAUUUGCUGGCAUUAUAAUAGCCACAAUAUUUUGGUAUGUGUUGAAUAAGUAUUUUCGACACAAUACGAAUGAUUUAGAUGUGGAAUGGGGCUAUGCGUUUGAUGUGCAUCUAAACGCAUUCUUUCCACCUUUAAUUCUGUUACAUUUUUGUCAAUUAUUCUUUUAUAAUGGAUUGAUAAGUCAUGAAUGGUUUGCAUCCCGCUUCCUCGGAAACACAUUCUGGCUCGUCGCUUGUUCAUAUUAUGUAUAUAUCACGUUCCUAGGCUACAGUUCGUUGCAUUUUCUUCGUCGGACGCAAAUAAUCCUUGCGCCACUUCCACUGCUCGCCAUUUUUUACAUCAUUAGCCUCACUGGUGGCUUCAACAUUACACAUAUGAUGAUGAAUUUCUAUAGAGACCGCGUUGUAUAGAAAUUAAUAUACAAAUUACAUCUAUUCAGUAAAAAUAACACUUAGGCUAGUGUUUUGUACAGUAUCAUAUAAAGAACGAAGCAAAACGAAAACAAAAACUGAGAAAUAUUAAUAGGUAUGUUGCGAACAUAAAUUUUAAUUUAUUUAAUACCAAAAAUGUUUCAGUUUGACUUUUAAUACAUAGUAAACUAACAUAAGAUAUGAAAACAAUAAGGUAUUGUAAUUAAUAGAAAACAAAUAAGAAAAAAUUGAGUUUA